AUGUUUGAAACGAAAAAUGGAAAUGCAGUGGACACAGAGGGCAGGAAGUUGAAGGGAACCAUCCAGAGGAGCACGGAGACAGGUCUGGCUGUCGAGAUGCCGAGUCGGACGGUCCGUCAGGCCAGUCACGAGUCCAUAGAGGACAGCAUGAACAGCUACGGCUCCGAGGGCAAUCUGAACUACAGCGGCAUGUGUCUGGCAUCUGAUGCCCAGUUCAGUGACUUCCUGGACGGGAUGGGACCCGCCCAGUUUGUCGGGCGACAGACGCUGGCGACGACCUCCAUGGGUGACGUCGAGAUCGGGCUGAUGGAGAGGAACGGCGGUCUGGAGGUGGAGGUCGUCCAGGCCAGAGGACUCACCAUGAAACCAGGCUCCAAGGGACCUCCCGCGGCCUACAUCAAAGUUUACCUCCUGGAGAACGGCAGCUGUGUGGCCAAGAAGAAGACCAAGUCUGUGAGGAAGAGUCUGGAUCCUCUCUACAACCAGGUCCUGGUCUUCUCUGAGAGUCCACAGGGGAAAGUGGUGCAGGUGAUUGUUUGGGGCAACUAUGGACGAAUGGACCGCAAAUGCUUCAUGGGUGUAGCUCGAAUCCUGUUGGAGGAGCUGGACCUGAGCACGAUGGUGAUUGGCUGGUACAAGCUCUUCCCUACCUCCUCCAUGGUGGACCCAACAAUGGCGCCACUUAUUCGCCACUCCUCCCAGAUGUCCCUGGAGAGCACCAUCGGGCCGUGCUGUGAGCGAUCCUAAGACUCACGCAGAGAAAUUCAUUUUUGUUGUUGCGAGACGCUCUUGCUGUUUGGACACAUUUUUAUACAGCCUGUCGACCUGCGCCAGGGUCAACGAGGGGGAACUGCCCCUGGAGUGGGUUGGUGUUCAGUAUCUUACACAAAGGCACUUCGACAAGUCCAACCACGCCAGGGAAUCAAUCACUCCCCUCCUCUGGAAAUUAUUUUACAAAUCAGUAGGUAAUUCUGGCUCUGACUGGAAAUGCGCUGUAUUUCUUUUGAUAUUGUAUCAGACUGUUUUCCAGAGACUCGUGGGAGGCUCAUUUCUUUUGUUGUUGCAACGGAUCGCCCCUCAGACUUACCAGAACUUUUUGCUCUCCUCAGAUCUCUUUGACGAAGAAACAAAAAAAAAAGCUACUUAAUGAGGAUACUUCAAAGAGGGGCUCAGUUGCCGACAUUGAUCACAUCCUAUUGGGACCACGAUACACUGCGGGCUCAGCUUCGCUUCAGCUACGCGCCUUCUUCAGAGCUACCUUUGAUUCUCACUCCCAGGACUGCUUGUUGUCUUUCGGUGUCCUCAUUAAGGGGCUGGAGGGCCCCUGAGUGUUUUCUGUCCAUCCACAAGUCUGGAAAAAAGCGGGAGACUGUCCUCAGAUUGUUUGAGACACCUCAGCCUCCCAGUUUGCAGGAGCAUGGGGUCGACAGGUUGUACGUGAAUGCAUCUGUGCGCAGCAGAACUACGGAAGACUUUCAGAGAAGAAUUAGACUUAUUUGUUGUAACCAAGCGAGACAUCUUGGUUUCCAACACAAUGACUUGAGCUGUUUUUCGUAUUUUUUCUGUCAGACAUUUGGCCCUCCGGUGUUCUGCUGGUUUUCUAUCCUCCCAGUUUGUUAGCACUGUAGUAAAAUGCUUUCUACCUGCACUGCCAGCUGUUAAAUUGGUUCCUUGGUGGAUCAAUUCAGUUCAAAAAGCAAGUUCUGAGUUCCCAAAGACCAUGUGCCAUAAUGAUCGAAGGGGCUGUACGUUUUCAUUGCAAACGAUGAAGACAGCUGAUUUUACUGAUAACAGUUGUUUUUGGGGGGUUGGGCACUUUUAAAGGCUCAUUUAUACUCAACAUUAGAUAUGGAAACAGACUAAACAGAGCAGUACCACCAGAGAACACAAGGGGCAGUGUAGCAAGCAAGAGGACCAUGGGAUACGAGGAUGGAAUUUCAACAAAAAGCAGAAUUUUCUGAGGAGAGCCUUUGCGAGUUACUUAGAAACUUCAGGCACAGGAGGAGAUUGGAUUGGAAGUUGGACAAUAGUGAAGAGAAAGUGGACGAAAGAGCAAAGACCACUUUGUUCAAGCCCACAGUGACAGUUUCAUUGUUUAAGAGGGAUUCUUCUCUUUUCAAACAUAAAUGCAGCAUAAAUGAGCCUUAAGUCAAAUCAGCCAGUGUUUCGUUUGGUAGGAAUUAAAACAAACCCUGUGGAAGAAAUUGUGACUCAAGACCCUGUUCAACCUGGUGGUUCGUCAAAUGUAUAAUCUGAUCGUCUCAACCACUUCAGCAGGUGAUUCUGUUUGAGCCAAUUCUGAUUAAUUGAAAUGCUAAAAUAAAUAUAAAAGCGUUUGUCUUCCCAGACAAUUUAUUUCACCCACAACCUUUUUUUUUUUCUCACGUGCAAAUUAACUGAAGCCCAACGUGGAAACACUCCACAACAAAUUCAAAUAUCUGGUGAUUUAAUAGAUUAUUUGAUUAAAAUUACAAUUCAAAAGAUCUUACCACAGAUCUGUGAGACUGUCUUUAUACAAUCUUACUAAAGAACCAUCCAGGUUUAGAUGGGCACUCAACUCCACUUGGUUGUGCAGGUUACUACAAAUGCAGGGGGCAGUAUUCUACCCAUAAUGCAGCUCUGACGCAGGAUGUCGCGGUUGUAUCCGACAGCCUGGAGGAUAGUGGCCUGGGGCUGAAAACUCGCUGUAUAUCCCAGUUCAACUGUAGUUUGAAACGCUUUUCAAUUAGCUACAACUCUAGAAGUAGAUUUUUAACAUUCCUCCUCCCUCUUUCAAAAAUAAAAAGGCUUUGGUUAACGAUUAUUUAAAAAAAAAAAACAGGUGCUACUGUGCCAAUCUCAACCAGCGAGUGUCUUCUUCUUCCCUCCUCUUCUUCACUUACCUAGCGGCAUGUGCCAUCACGAGGAAGGAACAGAAACAACCACGUGAGCGCAGUAUUCAGAGCUGUGCGGGGAAGCAGCCCUUUCAUUCUAAAUUACAGCCCUAAUCCACAGACGGCGAAGGCACAUGGUGAUUAACCGUGCUACGACUCAGAGCGGAGUGAGGGGAGAGAGAGGGAGGAAGAGGAAGCAUGAAAUGUUCUUUGCAUCAUCCGAACAAAGGAUCUGUCUGGACCCAUGUCAGGUUUCACCGAUUUCAGAAACAAGGACACAAAAAUAGGAAUUUAAAGGGAACACAAUGUGCACAACGUAGAGACAUUUAUAGUUUGUUGAAUAUCAGUAUAUAUGUAUUUAAUUUGGGCACUUUACGAUUCAUUUAUAAUGAGUGAAUUCUACGGUUGUUAGUGACCUUUGGAGUCAGCCAAAGUUAAUCUAUAAGGACUUAGUUGAUUUAUGUUAAAAACCCAGAGGGAGGGAAAGGAUAGCAUUGCUAGGUAACCGUAAGCUUGUAGCAUUAGCUGUUAGCAUCCGCAUGACUGAUAAAACGUCUUAGUAAUUAGCAGACAAACCGAUGAGGCUGAGCAUGAGCUAAAUGCUACACAGAGAGAGGAGAAACUUUUAACUGUACUUUGGGUUUAGAACCAAUGGAAAACAUAGAUAUGUAGCAAUUUAAGUCAGAUGUUUUACAACAGUGUCUGAAUUUUCAUUUUUUGGCUUAUUUUCCUUUCACAGACAUAAAGUGAAAGUUUGAACACGAGGUCGAAAAACAAGAAAGAAAGAAAAAAAAAAAAGAGACAGAUAUUUUGCUAAGUAAUUUUUGUGUUUUAACUUCGAGGCAAUAUUUCAGACGAAAAAGUCUCUCACGCUCAUCAACUUGAAAUCAAACCGUACAAUUUGGAGUAUUUGACUCUGUUUUGCCAGUAGCAGUGUUGCAGGGAUAUUAAAUCUAUUUCCAGACAAAUUAGCAAUAAUCACCACAACAUCCAGUCGUUGCUGUUUUUUAGUCGCUCUGUACAAACUGUGGAAAAUGACAAGCCAGUGGUUUUCACUGCGGUGAGAUUUGACGAGGCAAAUUAAGUUACGUGCUUUUGUCCAGGGGGAAAAGAAAAAGUUAGCAGCAUCAAGAUGAUUUAAAGGAGACGUGUCCAUCGCUGCAGCUCCUCUUUUCAGCCUCUGUCUCAAACACUCGGUUUCUCUGUCUCUGUAAGGCCCGCCUCUUGAUAAAGCCCAGUCUGCUCUGAUUGGCCAGCCCGUCCACCCUGUUGUGAUUGGUCAGCCUCUUUCAGCACGUGUACCUGAUUUCGUCAGAGAAGCCACGAGGCAAAUAUUAUGCAAAUAUAGUGAAUCGUGACGUCACAUCACAAUUCCCCCGGAAGUGUCGGCCGGACUUCUGACGAGCUGUUUCAGGAGCUUCAGGGUUUUCUGUGGAGGAGAGGAGCUCAUUCACAUCCGUCUCCUUUAAAACAUCUUGAAAAAUCCGAUCAUAUGAAAACUGAAAACCACUUUUUUCAAAGUCUGUCAUUUUACUGUGGCACAUUCACGUCGUUAUCUUUAACUCAUUAACUCUUUAACUCAGAGCGUCGUGUAGUUUGAGGAUCGCUGUAAAAAAAAAAAACACCGUUAGCUAAAAAUGUAAUUCCCUGUUUAAGCUGAAAAUCUCAGAUUUGAAAAAUGCAGGAUCGUUUUUCAUCAAGUCAAAUUAAAUUUGAGAAGCAUGGAUUUUAAUGUAAUGACUGCCUGGUAGCUAGAACAAGAAGGUUUUUUAAUAAAAGAGAAUGAAUUAAAAAUGGUGAUAUUAGAAGAGUUGAAUAACUGAAAUAUAUUGGAAAAAUCACUCAAUGUCUUUGACUGUGACUUGAGGAAUGUGUUUUUUUUUUGUGUCUGUGAUCUUAUGUGCCAAAAUUCAUCCGAGGGCUGAAAUCCCAACUGAGGAUUAAUGAGAGAGGAACGUUUACACAAGUGGCAUUCAAUUCUCAAUAACCCAUAACACAGUGCAUUCUGGGUGAAAGAAUAGCGACUGUGGCGUAAACAGGAAGUUAUAUUGCAUGAUAAUGAGCUAAUUUUACUGCAGAUGAAAGGGUUUUUGUGAAUUAACAGUGGUAACCAUCCCAGACGUUUCCCAUCUACGGACAUCUAACCUGCAGCAGCUGCCUUUAUUACACGCGCAAAAGUAUUUUAUAAAAAUGAAAUACCAUCUAAAGUACUUUCUUAACAGUUCCUCUCGGGGCGGAGCAGCAUGGCAGCAGUAGUAUGAGCAUGCACGCAGUGAGCGACGGGUCGUCUACGAUGGUUACGUGUGCAGAUGUUGGAACAGACGUGUACACGCCGACCCAUCUUCUUCUCCGACUGCGUUACAGAGAGUUAAUGAAUGCCGACAUCGUGUUACGCGUUAAUGUUUGUUCACUAAAAUUGAUUGUGUCAUUUUGUUCUUCAGCAGCUUCUUGUUCACUUGUCUGAGUUUGUUCGAGACGAUGAUUCGUAGCUUUGAAGGGAAACGAUGAUCGGCACCGAAAUGUAAAUGUUUCUGUUUGGUUUUGCAUUGCCCCAUGUUGUGAUUGUAUCCGCCACAUGGAUGUUAAUUAUUAUUUCCACUUCUGUCAAUUGUAAUGUAAGUAGAGGCCUUAAACACACAGAUAUACAUUUUGUCAGGGCUAAGGACUAAGAAAUGUCACGUGAGAGUGAAUCGAAAGCACGCAAAAAAAAAAAAAAAAGUUUUACAGUGUCACCGUUUCACCCCAUCGCUAAAAGUAGUUCAAGUCAUCGAUGGAAACGUUUUACUCUGCGAAUGUUCUGAAUGAAUUUCUGACACACAGGUUUUUCAACAGACUCUUUGGUGUGGGCUUAAUUUAACCAACUGAGCAAAAAAAAAAAAAAAAAGAAGGUUUUGCAGCUUAGAUAGUCAAAGAUUCUGAUUCUAUUUCUUAACAGACUUAUUUUCUAAACUUAGAAAAAUGAUGCUAUUGUUUUCUUUAUUGAUGUUUAAAUGCUCAUAAUGGUCUCAUGUGGUUUCAAUCAA